GUAUCCCUUNUCAACAAUGUGGCAGUUGCUGCAAGAUAUCUCUUAGACGAAAGACCUGAUUUAGGUGUGAAGAAAAUUUUAAUUGUUGAUUGGGAUGUCCAUCAUGGAAAUGGUACUCAAAAAACGUUCUGGAAUGACUCUCGAGUUUUAUUCUUCUCCGUUCACAGGUAUGACUUUGGGGCUUUUUAUCCUGCUGAGCACCACGGGUUUUAUACUCAGGUGGGAGAAGGAGAAGGUGCUGGAUAUAAUAUAAAUGUCCCCUGGGAGCAGGGGAAAUGUGGUGAUCCAGAUUACAUUGCAGUGUGGGACCACAUCUUGCUUCCUGUUGCCAAAGAAUUUAAUCCAGACAUAGUUAUAGUUUCUGCUGGAUUUGAUGCAGCUGUCGGUGACCCUCUAGGAGGAUGUCGUGUCACAGCAGUUGGUUAUUCUGUUCUGUUGGAGAAGUUGAUGAAUUUUGCUAAAGGUAGGAUUGUACUGAUUUUAGAAGGGGGGUAUUAUCUUGAUUCCAUUGCAAAAUCAAUGCAUGCUUGCUUGGAAGUUUUGCUAACUGGCAAGUCUGUUGCCGAAUCCUCAAAGGACUAUCCAUUUGAGUCUACAUGGAAUGUGAUUCAAGCGGUUCGCGAGAUGUUAAGUCCAUUUUGGCCUACACUUGCACCUAAACUACCACAAGAGUUAGUCUCACAAAUAGGCCCCUCUCCGCAUACUCUGAUUUCAAGCUCGGACUCUGAAGAUGAGGAUGAUAAGGGUGCACCAAUUUCAGGAAAUCUUGGAGACCUUAUUGAGGAUGUCUUAAAACCACUGUCCAAACUGAAAGUGGAUGCUGAUGAGGAGAUUCAUGUUUCUAGUACUUGGCGAUCUGCAUUAUCAAAUGUUUAUAUAUGGUAUGCCUCGUAUGGAUCAAAUAUGUGGAAAGCAAGAUUUAAUUGCUACCUAGAAGGUGGACAGGUGGAUGGUAUGGUGAAGCAGUGUUCUGGUUCAGUGAACAGAACUCUGCCAAAGGAGAUCACGUGGAAGACUUUCCCUUGUGAUAUAUUCUUUGGUCGUGAUUCAUCGCAUUCAUGGGGACUGGGAGGCGUUGCAUUUCUUAAUCCUGAAAAAAAGUUUGAAGGCAAGACCUACAUGUGCUUGUACAAAAUUUCGCUAGAGCAGUUCAAUGAUAUUUUAUUUCAGGAGAACAUUUUAAGCCUUGAUGCGGGCUCUCCUUUAGUUGAUAUAACUACCUUGAAUGCUAUCUCUGACAAGGAGUUCAACUCCCUGGAGGUUGUCAAGGGUGCUUGGUAUGGUAAUGUUGUCUACUUAGGAAAGGAGCAAGAUAUUCCUGUGAUUACCAUGACGUCUUCGCUUCUUGAUAUGGAACGUUUCAAAUCUGGGAAGCUACCAUUACGUGCCCCUAAUAAAGCGUAUGCCAACUCCUUAAUUAAAGGGUUGGUAGAGGGAGAACAACUUUCGGAGGCGGAGGCCAUUGCUUAUAUAGAAGGUGCUGCUAAAUCGUUGUGAUUACUUUAGGCGUAAACUUGUACAGAAAAAGUAUUCCCUUAUAGAUAUUGGAUAACUCAACCCUCACAUUCAGUGCUUCAAGAUUCUGCAUUUUAUCGUAUUUUCGUUCGUCAACUACCGUUUAAUUUGCAACCAUGCUGGUGUCUGCAUUGCAUGUAUAUUUGUUAUUGUGUACUGCUUUUUAUUCUAACCAUAUUCUAGAUUAAAUCUAACGACUCUAGUGUUCCAGGAAAAAGCU